AUCUCCUCCUCCUCUCAAACUCUGAAACAAAACGGUGCGUCUUGCCGGUGCGCAGAGCUCCAGCAGUAAGAGGUUAUUCAAGAGCUCACUCUAGCAGAAAGCCCUCUGGCUGUCACGGGCAGACAGGGAGAAGUGCGUACCCAACGGGUGUGAGUCAGGGAGAUAGAGGGAGAGAGAGAGAGAAGGGAGGGGGGGCAGGAAGCAGCAGACCCUGAAAGAGAGGGAGAGACAGACAAAAGUAACAGUUAUAUUGUGACACGCACAGCAGAAGUUGUGUUGAAGACGCUGGAGAAGCCCAGUGGAUGCUGGGACCUCAGUUCUACAUGCUGCAAGGUGGAUGCUGCUGCUUUCUCAACAACCAUACUAAGGAGAAUAAAAACCCAUGACGGAUUAAGCUGUGGAUCAAGGUUUGGACAAAGGAAAGUGUUUUCUUUUUUGGUUUUCUUUCUUUGCAAUGAAAGACAUUUGUGGAUUGGAUUCACAGUCUGGACCUGGGGCUGCUGUUUUGGAUAUAGCCCACGGGUGAACUGGAUUGGAGCGACGACAAACAAGCGCGCACACAAAGGGAGGUGAUUUGCUUGUGCCUUAGUGAACCGAGUAAGAGCGGCUUCUGCCCCGCGGCUGCUGGGGUGCUGGGUGGGUGGUGUGGAAGGGACAAGGGGGAGGGGAGGAAUCCCCAGCCUGGGGCCGAGUCCUAAGGGAAGGCUCUUUAGAGCAUAAGCUUCCCCCAUUCCCCCCCCCCCCCGUCCCCCCUCGUCCCCCUCUGUCAUCAGCCCACCCUGUUAUGGCUCGGGGAAACCUCAGCGUGCCGGCCCACCGAGAGUGAGCCUUGUUCCCCCGCGGACCACAUGCUCAGAGCGCAGGAGAACCCGUAGCGCUCGAGGAACACUGACUUACUUACGAGUACCGAGGUUUGAAAGGAGAGAUUGACGCGUCCGGGGGGGCUAUUCAUGAGAGACCCACAGUGUGGGGACAGCUGUCGUUAUUGUGUUGCUCUUGCGUAACGGAUGCCCAUUCUCUGACUCCCCCCUACCUCCCGACCUUUCUCCUCCUUCUCCACCGCCGUGCCACCAAACAUGUUCAACACCACUCUGCCUGCGGGGAACGUCACCCAGCGUUGGGGCGAGGGCACCCCUCCGUGGGCUGUGAGCAACAGCAGCCUGUUGCCGGACAACGGCACCGCCGACUGCGUGAAGAACGAUCAGUUCAAGUACCCGCUGUACAGCGUCGUGUUCAGCAUAGUGUUCGUGGUGGGCCUGCUCACCAACGUGGUCGCCAUGUACAUCUUCACGUGCUCCCUGAAGCUGAGGAACGAGACCACCACCUACAUGAUAAACCUGGUGGUGUCCGACCUGCUCUUCGUCCUCACCCUCCCGCUGAGGGUGUACUACUUCAUCAACAAGAACUGGCCCUUUAAGAGCGUGCUCUGCAAGCUCUCCGUCUCUCUGUUCUACACCAACAUGUACGGCAGCAUCUUCUUCCUCACCUGCAUCAGCGUGGACCGCUUCCUGGCCAUCGUGUACCCGCUGCGCUCGCGAUGGCUGAGGACCAAGCGCAACGCCAAGAUCGUGUGUGUGGCGGUGUGGGUGCUGGUGCUGGCCGGGAGCCUCCCCACAGGCUUCAAGUUGGAGUCCACGUCCAGGCAGGACAACCACAUAGCCUGUUUCGAGAACUUCUCGUCCAAACAGUGGAAGUCACACCUGUCCAAGAUGGUGAUCUUCAUCGAGACGGUGGGCUUCUUCAUCCCGCUGCUGCUCAACGUGGUGUGCUCCGUCAUGGUGCUGCGGACCCUGCGCCAGCCGCAAGCGCUCAGCCAGGGCAGCAAGCUGAACAAGACGAAGAUCCUGCUGAUGAUCGUCGUGCACCUGUCCAUCUUCUGCUUCUGCUUCAUCCCGUACAACGUCAACCUGGUGUUCUAUGCACUCGUCCGCACCAAGACGCUGCCGGGCUGCCCGGCGGAGUCAGUGGUACGGACGAUAUACCCCAUCGCCCUGUGCCUGGCCGUGUCCAACUGCUGCUUCGACCCCAUCGUCUACUACUUCACCUCGGAGACCAUCCAGAACUCCAUCAAGAGGAAGUCCCAGGUCGGCCGCUCCUACGACAUCAAGUUCUCAGAGGCCCUGCAGUCCGAGUCCAGCUCGGCCCUCCAGUGCAGCCUGCGCAGCCUGAAGGCCAAGGUGUUCCACAACGAGUCUUCCGUUUGAAAUAUCGCUGUUUUGACGCCAUUGCAAAAGGUCAACCUGGGCUCUGCUUAAUGUCGGAGCCCCGUCGUAGCCCCUCCUUCCAAAGAAGUAUUAGGACUUUAACUCUUCCUCUCAGGACGAAAGCACUGACUUUUGAUCGGUUCUGCAGCGCAUGGAUCCAUGUUUUGACAAGGGACUCCUUGACUUCCACAGUGGAUCUGAGUGUAAACGACCACUUGAUAACAUGAAUCCCAGCUUGUUGAAUAAUAUAGAAAGAUGGAAUAAUAUGGCGAAUGAGAGUGUUAUUUCACUCAUGCAGUGUCCUGUAUGAGUGCAACGUGUAUAAAUGUGUACAUUUGUAAGUGAUGAGGCUAACUGAAAUAGUAUUUCUUAAGUUAACAUUAAUUAAUGUCAUGUUACGGUCUGACAUUAGUCUGGGUUCAUAUGCCGAGGCUUGUAUGUGGAACCCAUUAUGGGGCAUUUUGUUGUUUAUUGGAUGUCAUAUGUUUUUGGCGGAUUAAUGCACUGACAUAAAAAUGGAAAAUACUGCACUCAUGCCACUGGAAUGAAUUAAAUUCAUGUUCUGUCUAAACACAAA